CGCCCCGGCCGCUGCUGUUCUGUUUGUGUUGGAAGCUCAGCUGAUGCGGGUCGGCCAGUGUGUGGACGUCAGUGCGGGACAGAGGCGCGUCGCCGCUGCCGCCCAAGUAGUUGCGGCCUGCAUCCCGGUAAGACCAUGAAUUAUGGCAUUUCUUAAAUGAAGCAUUCAGGAAUGAAGUGAAAAUCAUAACAUAUAGAAAAUAAAUGAUUUUUAAGUUAUGUCUAUUAAUUUGACUAUAGAUAUAUAUUAUAUUUACCUCCUUAGUAAUGCAAGAAGUCUUUGUGGGAAGCAGAGAAGCAAGCAACUGCAUUUCUUAUGCUCACCUAAACAUUACUGGAGGAUAAGCCACGUCAGUCUACAAAGAGGUUUUCAUACAAGCAAAAUAAGAUGUAAAUUGACCAAAAGUGAAGCCCAUUCUUGCAGCAAGCACUGUUACUUUCCAAGCCACCAUGGUUUACAUAUUGGAAUUUUGAAACUUAGCACUUCUACUCCGAAGGGACUUACAAAAGUGCGCAUUCGUAUGUCCCGUAUUAAAAGUACUUUGAACUCUGUUUCAAAGGCUGUUUUUGGCACUCAGAAUGAAAUGAUCUCACGUUUAGCUCAAUUUAAGCCAAGUUCUCGAAUAUUAAGAAAAGUAUCAGAUAGUGGCUGGUUAAAACAGACAGGCAUUAAACAAGCCAUCAAAUCUCUGAAAAAAUACAGUGACAAAUCAGUAGAAAAGGGUUCUUUUUCAGAAAGUCAUAUUCUAGAUAAAGAUGAAGAUAUAGGUAAACAAAGCCUUUUUCGUUACACAAGUAGUAUAACCACAAGAUUUGGAGAGUCAUUCUACUUUUUAUCAAAGCAUAUUAAUUCAUACUUCAAACGGGAGGAAAGAAUGUCUCAAAAAAAGGAAAAUAAACAUUUCCAGGACAAACUUGAAGAUAAAAAGAUUGAAGAAGAGAAAUCGAGCUCUCCAGAUCCUGGUGUCCUGACUGAUAAGCUAGAUUCAGAAUCUUCUUUAUAUUCUGUGGACAAGCCUGCAAGUGCCAGUGGGACACCUGAGACUCUUCCACUUUCUACUAAACAAAGUAUUGCUAACUUUCUUUCUCGUCCCACCGAAGGUGUCCAAGCUUUAGUAGGUGGUUAUAUUGGUGGACUUGUCCCCAAAUUAAAGUAUGAUUCAAAGAGUCAGCCAGAAGAACAGGAAGAGGCUAUUAAAGCUGAGCAACCCGUCAGCAAAGACAAAAAUGCAGAGGAGAAGAAGCAGUUAUCUCUUCAGCGAGAAAAGAUUAUUGCAAGAGUGAGUAUUGAUAACAGAACUCGGGCAUUAGUUCAGGCAUUGAGAAGAACAGCUGACCCAAAGCUCUGCAUUAACAGGGUUGAAGAAUUGACUUUUCAUCUUCUAGAAUUUCCUGAAGGAAAAGGAGUGGCUGUCAAGGAGAAAAUUAUUCCGUAUUUACUAAGAUUGAGACAAAUUAAGGAUGAAACUCUUCAGGCUGCAGUUAGGGAAAUUUUGGCCUUAAUUGGGUAUGUGGAUCCAGUGAAAGGAAGAGGAAUCCGAAUUCUUACAAUUGAUGGUGGAGGAACAAGGGGUGUGGUUGCUCUUCAGACACUGCGAAAAUUGGUCGAACUUACUCAGAAGCCAGUUCAUCAGCUCUUUGAUUACAUCUGUGGUGUGAGCACAGGUGCUAUAUUAGCAUUCAUGUUGGGAUUGUUUCAUAUGCCCUUGGAUGAAUGUGAGGAACUUUACCGAAAAUUAGGAUCUGAUGUGUUUUCACAAAAUGUCAUUGUUGGAACAGUCAAAAUGAGUUGGAGCCAUGCAUUUUAUGACAGUCAAACAUGGGAAAAUAUUCUUAAGGAUAGAAUGGGAUCCUCACUAAUGAUUGAAACAGCAAGAAACCCUACAUGUCCUAAGGUAGCUGCAGUAAGUACCAUAGUAAACAGAGGGAUAACGCCAAAAGCUUUUGUGUUCAGAAACUAUGGUCAUUUUCCUGGAAUCAACUCACACUACUUGGGAGGCUGUCAGUAUAAAAUGUGGCAGGCCAUUAGAGCCUCGUCGGCUGCUCCCGGCUACUUUGCCGAGUACGCAUUGGGGGAUGAUCUUCACCAGGAUGGAGGUUUGCUUCUGAAUAACCCUUCGGCGCUAGCAAUGCAUGAGUGUAAAUGUCUUUGGCCCGACGUCCCGUUAGAGUGCAUAGUGUCCCUGGGCACUGGGCGUUACGAGAGUGAUGUGAGGAACUCCGUGACUUACACGAGCUUGAAGACCAAACUGUCUAAUGUUAUCAACAGUGCCACAGAUACAGAAGAAGUCCACGUAAUGCUUGAUGGUCUGUUACCUCCUGACACCUAUUUUAGAUUUAAUCCUGUAAUGUGUGAAAACAUACCUCUGGAUGAAAGCCGAAAUGAAAAGCUCAAUCAGCUGCAGCUGGAAGGGUUGAAGUACAUAGAAAGAAAUGAAGAAAAAAUGAAAAAACUUGCAAAAAUAUUAACUCAAGAAAAAACAACUCUGCAGAAAAUUAAUGAUUGGAUAAAACUAAAAACUGACAUGUAUGAAGGCCUUCCAUUCUUUUCAAAGUUGUGAUAAGGGUGUGUGUAUAUUUUCAUAAGUGAGGGCCUGAUCAGAAGAUCAGUGAGUUCAGUUAGGAGUUGGGUUCAGCAUGAGUUUACUUUGAAGUACUGGCAAAUCCUGGAAAAGUACGUGCUUGGACCAGCUUGCACAGCACGGAGGGUAUGCUUGCCUACAGAAUUCAUAUGGAAAUUAGUUUUUUAUGAUGUGAAUAAUUAACUGUGCUUUAGGAGUCUUAUUAUUGUGCUAAUUGGUUUUAGUAGAUAUUGCUGUUCUAUUGUUUGAUAUUUGAAAAUUUAUUAAUAUAUGUGCCAAACAAGAACUAUUAUCAUCUUAUACUUGGUAUUUUUGCUUUAGUCACCAUAAUCAUGUUGAAUGUAUUUGAUACUGAUUUUCUGUCAUGGGGAAAAGCUAAUUUCUUCUUAAAUUUCCAUCACUUUUGUUUUCACUAGCUAUAUCCUAGGAUCCAAGUGUUGACUUUUACUGGAAUAUCAUCUAAACAGGUACAGAAAAAUAGAAUUUUCUCUAUCAGAAGACUUUUACAUUUGAAAUAUGAAAGAACCAGAUAUACAGUUCUAUUCAAAAUGUGUUUAUUUCAGUCAGUAUCGUUUGGUUCAGAAAGAAAGGUGAAGCUCCAAUCAACCACUUUCCCCCCUGAAAUUUCAAGAUAAUGCUAGGUGUUAACUUUUCUAGCUCUAGCUUAUCAUUCACUGUUACAAAAUUAUUUGAAUUUACUGAGAAGAUAUCCCUAUCAUUAACAAAAAUAAACUAUUGAAAUAAUGUAUUGUUAAAGGGCUAAUGUCGUUUUUAAAUUUUUUUAUUGUUCAUAUGAAAUGUAGCGUCCCAUCUCUUGUAAGCAUUUGAAUAUACCUGCCAACAGUGUGCUUAAAAAUAUAAGUUUUAUCUGAUUAACUCCUUUAACCUGGAUUUCGUGGAGGUUGUAUAUAUGCCAACCCGAAUCAUUGUUUAUGCCAACCAAAUUCAUCUUUGCUUUGUUAUCUAUCUGCCAUGUAAAUCCUUACAUCAUGUAUAGAUUGGUCAAGGAAAAUGAAAAAAGGUAAAUGCCUUUUGCUUUGUACAUAUCAACUAAAGCUAAACCUCACUGCCUAGAUGAUUCUAUUGCUUCUUUGUAACGUGAAUUCAUAGAGGCAGUGAGGCAUGGUUCAGAGCGCUGUGGGGAGCUGAGAGUCUGGAAGCUAAUCCGACCUCUGAUGCAAAGUCCUGUUUGUGAACUGGAGGAGGGGGGACAGCCUGUCUGGGCUUUGGAUAUUUCAUUUAUAAAAUGAGAAGAGCUAGCUUGAAAAUUUUAUUUACUCUUUAGUGGCAAUCCAAAUUCUGUCAGUGUACAAGCAAAAUAUGGGAAGAGAUGUGAAAAUGAGUUUUCAGUCUGCCAGUGUUAAACUGGUAGAUUAUCUGCUCUUUUCAAAGAAGCAAAGAAGAAAAAUAAAAUGUAGUAAAUUCUCCAACUCAUCAGUUACAUAAAAAAAAUAGAUUAAAAAUUGUUUUGAUGCUCAGGCCUUUUGGAGUGUCUCAAAAUUCCUAUUUCUGUAAUAAAGGGUAUGUUGGCCAUGUUUCAGUUCUGUU